UCUCUGCCCUACGCCAUCUAGCGCUCAACUGAUGGGGAACAAUGACAUAAACCUCACAAACCCGUGGUAUCGAACUUACUGACACCUCUGACACGUCUAGAAUCUGCGUUGACCGUCUCAACUUGCUUGGAAUUUAAUACCCAUUACAAAAAAUAUGGUAUGAGUCAACUUAAAAACUGUAUGUACGCAUCAUGAAGAAGUUGUCGGAUGAGAAUGAACAACACAGAAAAUUAUCAAUAUACUGGAAAUUAUGGCGAUGACAUCAUGAGAGGAAAUGAAGAAGCAAAUCCAUUAACCUGGCAACGAGAACUUAAUUCUGGGAAUAUUGCUUCUUCUCAUGAUGGCGAAAAGAACAAUGACGUCACCAUAAAUAAAAAGACCAACUGUGAGCACCUCAAAAGGCAUCGCAUGGUAACCUCAGCUUGGACCAAAAAAAGUCGUCGAAAACCCACGAUUGUGAUUCUCGUGAUUGCAUUCGUUUUUUUCAUUCUACUCGCGUCUGCUCUGAUCGUAAAUUUAUAUUUCAAGAUGAAAGAAUAUUCUAACGUCAAUAGAGAAUAUCCGGGUGUCGAUGUAACGGAACCAACACUGAUUUCAACCAGCACGGCUUCCUCGACAAAUAUCUAUGCAACACCAUCUGUAGUCAAUUCUACUUCAGCUUAUACAACCGUUCCUGCGACAGUGAUACCUACAGGAUUGAAGGUUCCACAAGUACCGUAUUCUGCAACGACAUAUACCUAUACAACAUCCGAAGGACAGACGUCCCCGUUGGCAAUCUCAAAUUCCUAUUUAGAAACAGCGCCAAGUUUAACAACGAGAAUAAUUCAAUAUAGCACCAAGACAACACCAAGUCCCACGACGUUCGAUGUAACAACUCAAUAUGGUGAAUUUACAACAAUUGUGGAAAAAACGCCAACAAGUGUUCCCAUAUUUUAUAUGAGUGGGCCAUUUACAUUUCAUGAGGCGAUAGAAGCUUGCGAAAGGGAAGGGACAAAACUAGCCCUAAAAGAAGAUAUAGAUCAAGCUUGGAAAGGAGGAUAUAAUAGGUGCACUUUUGGUUGGCUACGGGAUAUGCAUAUUGGAAUGAUUAUACAACAAGAAUAUGCGAGUAUAGAUUGUGAGAAAGGAGCAGUUGGAGCGAUUUAUAAACCACCAAGAGAACCGAUUAAUAAAUAUAGUGGAGCGUAUUGUACAAAAGGUAAUCUCAACAAUCCUGGAAUGAAGUCUAUGUCUGUGGGGUCGAAUGCGAAUAAAACUGUGAAUUGGUGGGUAACCAAUGAUCCUGCAGAUAUCUACAACCUGCGCCACACUCUGAUGAUUGCUAAAUCAAAUGAUGACUCCUCCCGUUUUCCUUUGAUGAUGUCGCUUAAGUCUGUCUACACUUGUUGCAAUUUCUUCAAUAUUACAUACAAUAAUGUUGGUGGUUCUUCAACUCCUUUCGUGAAGCAACGAUACUCUGUGGAAUAUUUCAAAACAUUGGUUGAAAUGUAUCACAGGGAGUUCGCAUCGGUGAGAGUUUUAACUCACGUAACUGCAAAGUAUGACGCUAUGAUGAAAUAUGGAGCGGCAACAACAAACAGGCACGAAAUAAUAUCGUCUCUCGUCAACAAAGCGAAAAACCUUAAACUCGAUGGGCUUAUAUUGGAUUAUGAACCCAGGGAGAGUUAUUCUAGAGAGCAUGCUGUCACUUACCGUAUAUUUCUAGACGACUUGGCAUCUGAGCUGAGCAAGUACAACAUGUCCCUGGGAACUGUAGUUUCUUCUUGGGGUAUAUUAAAGUACUACGAUAUUUUCGCAAAUAGUAAAGUUAACUUCAUAGGAUCAAUGAGCAGCACAUAUUAUGGGCAUAAUACAGAUUCCAAUAAACAACAUGUGUUGGACAUGAUGAAAGAAAUUGAUACAGAUAGGCUGGAAAUUGGUCUUGGACUGAUGUACAAUGACCAGGUAUUGCCCAAGCCAAAGCGAAACUACAGGUGGAGUGAAGAGAGACUCGAAGACUUCAUCAGGUGGUCUGAUAACCAAGGAAUACGUAGAGUUCACGUGUAUCCGGGACAAUGGAGAUCUCAUAAAGCUUCGGAAAAAUAUUUUUUACGGACUUUAUCUAAUUUUUCAGAGGGCAAGAGCUGACAAAACUGUUGAAACACGAAUAUUUAUGUUAAAUUUGUUUAUUUGAGCGCAUAUUAGUUAUUUUUACGAUACAAUAAAAAGAGAUUCUCGCUA